AUGCCGAGCAGCUCGGACACGGCGCUGGGGGGAGGCGGGGGCCUGAGCUGGGCGGAGAAGAAGUUGGAGGAACGCCGCAAGCGGAGGCGAUUCCUGUCCCCUCAGCAGCCGCCGCUGCUGUUGCCGCUCCUGCAGCCGCAGCUCCUCUCGGCCACGUCCAGCAGCAGCAGCAGCCGCAAGGACCGAGACCUGAAGGCUCACCGGAGCCGGACUAAGUCGUCCAAGGAGCCGCCGUCGGCCUACAAGGAGCCGCCCAAGGCCUACCGGGAGGACAAGACCGAACCCAAGGCCUACAGGCGGCGGCAGCGGUCCCUGAGCCCGCUGGGAGGCCGGGACGACAGCCCGCUGUCCCACAGGGCCUCGCAGAGCCUGAGGAGCCGCAAGUCCCCCAGCCCGGCAGGAGGUGGCAGCAGCCCUUAUUCUCGGCGGCUGCCGCGCUCCCCAAGCCCCUACAGCCGCCGCCGCUCCCCCAGCUACAGCCGCCACAGCUCCUACGAGCGGGGCGGUGACGUGUCCCCCAGCCCCUACAGCAGCAGCAGCUGGCGGCGCUCCCGCAGCCCCUACAGCCCUGUGCUCAGACGGUCUGCCAAAUCCCGAAGCAGAAGUCCAUAUUCAUCUAGGCAUUCAAGAUCUCGUAGCAGGCACAGAUUAUCUAGAUCUAGGAGUCGUCAUUCUAGCAUUUCUCCUAGCACACUUACUCUGAAGAGUAGCCUGGCAGCUGAAUUGAACAAGAAUAAAAAAGCACGAGCUGCAGAGGCAGCAAGAGCGGCAGAAGCAGCGAAAGCUGCAGAGGCAGCUAAGGCUGCUGAAGCUGCUGCCAAAGCUGCAAAAGCCUCAAACACUUCUACACCUACCAAGGGUAACACAGAAACUGGUGCCAGUGCAUCACAGACAAACCAUGUGAAGGAUGUGAAGAAACUUAAAAUUGAGCACGCACCUUCUCCCUCAAGUGGUGGAACUGUAAAAAAUGACAAGGCAAAACCAAAGCCACCUCUUCAAGUAACAAAGGUGGACAAUAAUUCUGUUGUAGAUAAAGCCACCAAGAAAGCAGUUGUAGUUGGGAAGGAGAGUAAACCUGCUGCUACAAAGGAGGAACCAGUAUCUCUUAAAGAGAAAACUAAACCACUUACACCAAACAUAGGAGCCAAGGAGAAGGAGCAACAUGUGGCUAUGGUGACCUCUACAUUACCACCAUUACCUUUGCCUCCCAUGCUGCCUGAGGAUAAAGAUGCUGAUAGCUUGCGAGGAAAUAUUUCAGUAAAAGCAGUUAAAAAAGAAGUAGAAAAGAAACUCCGGUGUUUACUUGCUGAUUUACCACUGCCCCCUGAGCUACCAGGAGGAGAUGAUCUCUCAAAGAGCCCAGAGGAAAAGAAAACAGCAACACAGUUACAUAAUAAAAGGAGGCCUAAAAUAUGUGGGCCUCGCUAUGGUGAAAUCAAAGAGAAAGAUAUUGACUGGGGAAAACGCUGCGUGGAUAAAUUUGAUAUCAUCGGCAUUAUUGGAGAAGGUACUUAUGGACAAGUUUACAAGGCCAGGGAUAAAGACACUGGAGAAAUGGUAGCCUUAAAAAAAGUACGUCUGGAUAAUGAAAAGGAAGGCUUUCCAAUUACAGCAAUUCGAGAAAUUAAAAUUCUCCGGCAGCUUACCCACCAGAGUAUUAUCAAUAUGAAGGAAAUAGUGACAGAUAAAGAAGAUGCUUUGGAUUUUAAGAAGGACAAAG